AUGUCUAUCCUCCUGUCAACCCCAAAGGAGAAGAGGAGAAUGGAGAAAACCAGCCUGAGUGACCUCUAUGAAAGGUCAGAGUCAUAUGUGGCUGCUGCGGUAAACGGUUCUUUGGUCCCCAAUGGUGUGAGGGCUACUAUUCUCAAGAAGGCAGGAAUAAUUGAAGAUAAAGAUUAUUCUGUGACUGUGAAAGCAAUGAUUGCUCAAGGGAUGGCUGCUAGAAUGUUAGGUAACCUUUCCUAUUCAGAGGUGGUUCGUAGAUUGGCAGAAAAUGAGAGGGCUGGAGAGAAAACAGAAGGCAUAUGCCCUUUAAGCGGCAAUGUAGUUCCAAAAGAAGCAUUACGACCUUCAUCUUUAACUGACACUGCUCCUGCUUCUUUACCUACAACUUCAACAAACGCAGCAUCUGAAAGUUGUACUUCAAAACUUGAACUCACAGUAGACGACAUUUUAAAAACACCCAAAGACUUAGGACGUCCAGAGGUCAAAAAAGGAGAUUCUAGUGCGAAAUGCUUAAGACUGACUAAUGAAAAGGUUAUGCAAGAAGAACUUCAAUCUCAGCCUACCACUUCGGGUAAAUCAGGAUCUAAAACAAAAAAAAGUAAAGAAGAUGUUUGGGAGUGUGACUUAUGUGAAGUCUUAUACUCAACAGAUGUUAAAAAAAGAAUGGAGCCAAAUGGAUCCAAUGCUCAUAUUGCUUGA